AUGAGUAGCUUCAAGCGGAAGGCGACCACCAGCACCCCCAGCACCCCCAGCACCACCACCGCCCGCAGCAGCGGUAGUCGCAGCAACAAUAUCAACAGUGGCACUCGAGUAUCUCGAAGCCGGGCAGGAUCGACACGUAUGCGCACGCGUAGUCAGGCCAAGGCCCAGUGUCCUCAGACCCCGAAACGACCAAGGCCACGCCAUGAGAUCCUCCAGGACGACGUCUUUGCUAUCAAGGAUAUAAUUGAUGAGAAGUUUAUCCGCGGAAGGCUUCACUACAGGAUCGACUGGGAAGACGACCCCAGAACUGGCGGAUCAUUCUUGCCAACCUGGGAGCCUGCUGAGAACGCAAGCGAGGACGCAGUCACGGACUGGGAGAAGCGCAAGCAGCGUCGCACCCGGCUCAGCACCUGUUCAGAGGACAUCACCGACCUUGAGGCAUCCGAGGCCUCGACACCUGGUGACACCCCUGCUCAAGGAAUAUUCGUCGAGCUGCAGUCCAAGUCGGACUUCUUGAGAUCAAGGCCGGAUUUCAACCCUUCCGACGUUGUCUUUAUCCCAUCAUCCCAGCUCUCUCACUUCCCUGACUCCGGCUCUCAGAUUGAACUGCCACCCUCUCAGUUCUUCAUCGCCUCAUCUCACCCAUCUCUCGACUUGAUCGCAGACUCCCAGCCCGUAGACCCGGUUAUUGUCGAGUCCCAGCAAACACAAGCCACCAACAAGCACCGCAACUUCAGCCAAACAACUAUCCCGGACUCUCAAGACUUCUCCACCGACUUGUCGCACCAUCACAACAGUGUCAGCUUCACGGGCCAAGUCAGCAACCCGCCUUCGGUUGCUCACGUGAGAAGAGCUGCCGCACAGCACCCAUCAUUUGCCUCGUCGAUACCAUCCCGCCAGCCAGGCACCGUUUUGGGCUCCUUUGGAACACAUUCCAUUCCCGGUUGGGAGGAAGAGGAUUCUUCGGUGGAAGACGACCAGCACGCAGCUCAGCCUGAGUACUCGCAAGUAGAGGGCGAAGUCUCGCGCAGGCCGGUGUCUAGUCUCGAGGGAUUCUUGACUCAAGGAGACUCCCAAAGUGGCAAUUACUACAUGCCAGGCGGCUCUGGAUCACAAUUCUCAUUCAACAACACCGCUUCCCAAAGCCAGCAGCCUUCAAAUACCCUGGCCGAGGCCACUCCGACCGAGGACUCUCAGCAAGCUGCCCAGAUUGUGUCGCCUCUAGCACCAAGAGCCCCCGUUUUCCACACGCAAAACGAAGAAGAUUUCUUCACUGCAUCAGAAGAUAAUUACGAGAUUGUUGCCCCGCCGGAACGCUCGGCGAUUGAGGAGUUGAGAGCAAUCCAGGAGGCCUUCAUACCUGGCUAUCAAAAUAGUACCGGAGUCGACAACACGGUAGGAGGAUCAGAUCCAAAUGCGCCCCCUUCGCCAGUUUCGCCAUCUGCGAUCCUGAACAGCGUAGAACAAGACUCUGUCGAGAACCUGCACCAUUCCGAUCCUAGUCUCCCACCUAUGGACCCAGCAUCAUGGGUCCACGGAGCAUCAUCGGAAUUAUUCUCGGAUGGUAUUGGACCUCAGCAUGAUUCGUCGAUGAUGAACACUACAGUUACACCUUUGAAGCCACCAGCAACGGCCUUGGGUGAGAUAGAGGAGCUGGACUUGCCUUCCAAUGCCCUGAAACAGGUUAUGGGAGCAAGUCUUGAAGAGGGCAGCGAUGUUCCUGCCACAGUGACUCCAUCAGCCCUGUUCACUUCCAUGGAUCUCAAUGUCCCCCCGGAUCUGUCACUUCGACCAGACGGCGGAUUGCAUGAAGAGGCGGAACCAGUGGUUGCAUCCAGUGAGGUGCAAGAUGAUAGUGCCAUGCUUGACGACCUCGAAAUUCUUCCUGCCGAGGAUAGUGCACCUAACGAAUACAUCAUUCCUAUUCCCCCUGCAGCCAGGAUCCGCGCUGAAGUCCUGGACUACAUCAAUCAGCAUCGUCAAGAGAUACACGAAUUCUCCACAAAUAUUUAUGGCAACGCGCAGUCGACAGACCACAAGAAUGCGGCCAAGAUCGAUGGAAUUCUCCAGCAUCUUACUGAAUUAAGCAACUUACCACCCUACCACAAAGACCUCCCCGAUCUAUCACAGGAAGAAAUGGUGAGGUAUGCCCGGGAUACCAGCAGCAAGCUGUCGUUCGUAUACGAGUUACUGCAAGGCUUGCGUGAUGUCGCCGUGGAGAUCGCCGUCCUUGCCCAGGGUGGAACAGUCUUGGAGCAGUUGGAAGCAAUAGUGUCACAAGGUGGCUUUGUCUAUCGGCAUCUCCACGGGAGCUGGCCCCAGGCACCGACUGGUCAGCACUCGGCGUGCAGGGUGGUGCUGAUAGACACAUCUAUCGAAGAUGCGCAAUUUGUACACACAGCGAACAUUGUGCUGGCAUACGAUCAGACUGCUGAGCAUUCGGGUCUGCUCCACCAAUACAAGACCGACAGCCUGGACAAACAACAGCCGUUGGUGUUCUCGCUUGUCGAGGUCUACACACUCGAGCACAUCAACCGGCGUCUGUCCCCAGCAAUGGGCCUAUUCGAGCGACAGCGGGCACAAACCAUCUGCUUGGCUUUUCUGUCUACAAAUUUUGAAGACGAGUGGAUGUACGAGCGGAUCCCGCAACCAUACGAGAUGGCGCAGGACCUGAUUCGCUACCUCGUGGAUGGUGAGGGACGGUUCACCCAUCCUGAGACGAGAUGGGAAACAUGGCGACACCAGACGGUCCCCGAGGAUAUCUUCGAUAGGUAUAAGGCAUUUAGGGCUCGAUAUUUCUCCGCUGGCAGUCGCAAGCGGCGGUUGAGUGAGGGCGAUGACGUCCCCGACACUCCAAAACGGGCUCGCAUCGAGUCGCCACCGGAAAUCAGCGACGAUCUGAGGAGAUUUCUCGGAAAAGACGCCACCUUCAGUGGUGAUACGGCCCAAGUCUCAAUUGAGAAACUCGAGGAUCUUGUCCUUCAGGCAAAAGAUUUGAAGGCCGCCUUAGACAAGAAAGGCGCAGAGCUGAGGGGCUGGGUGAAGACCGUGAGAACCUUCCAUCCCAAGUACCAACAAGCCAUUAGAGAUAGGAACAUCUUCGAGGAGGAGCGCGACAAAAUGUUCAAGGAAAAGGAAAGGGUCCAGAAGGCGCUCGAACUCAGCCAAGCCAAGGCGACCAAGCUCUCAGAAGAAAAGCAAGAGCUUGCAGCAAAGCUACAGGAGCUGGCAAACCUGGAUAACCCCGACACGGCGGCAGCCGCUCAGCGGGAGCUCGACAUCGCGUCCUCGCGAGAAAUGGCGGCGGGCUUCGAGAAGCAGCUCGCCUUCCUCAGGAAGGACGUCGAGUACGCGCGCGGCCGGUACCAGGACGCCUCGGACCAGGCGGCGAUGCUGGUGGAGGACAACAAGACGCUCAAGAGCCGGGUCGCGGAGCUGGAGGUGAAGGCCUCGGACAACGCGGUCAAGCUGCGCGGGCUCAGCGUGGACGCGGCGCGCAGCGACGCGCUCCGGCUGCUUAAGGAGGAGCGGGAGCGGCGGCAGAGCGCGGAGCGCGAGCUCGAGCGCAAGAACGACGAGCUGCGCGGGCUCAAGAGCCGGUUCGGCGGCCGCGAGACCCGGGGGAGCAGCGUGCCCCGCAGCCCGCGCGUGCGCCAGAUGUCCAGCCGCAACACGAGCCCGGUCGGCGACAACGGGAACGGUGGGAACGGAGGGAAUGGAGGGGGGGUCGGCGGCGGGGGAGGGCCCGGCCCCAUCUCUGGUGUCUUUGGGCCGAGGAGUACGCACCUGAAGGAGAACUUCUGA